AUGUUUACCUUUUGCCCGCUUCAGGGCGCCCUGUCCGAGUCUUCGGCGUCGCAAUCGAUUCUAGAGCUCGACGGAGGCGUCAAGAUCCUGGUUGACUUGGGAUGGGAUGAAUCGUUUGACGUUGAGAAACUGCGGGAGCUUGAAAAACAGGUUCCGACGCUGUCCCUCAUCCUGCUCACCCACGCCACGACGUCACAUUUGGCUGCCUUUGCCCAUUGCUGCAAGAACUUUCCUUUAUUCACGCGAAUCCCCGUCUAUGCGACCCGACCCGUCAUCGACCUGGGCCGCACUUUGACCCAAGAUCUCUAUGCCUCGACACCUUUAGCCGCCACCAAGAUCCCCCAUGGCUCCCUCAGCGAGGCUGCCUAUUCGUACUCUCAACAACCUAACGCUGAUAGCGACUUCCUUUUACAAGCACCAACUCCCGAAGAAAUCACUCGAUACUUCUCCCUGAUCCAGCCACUCAAGUACUCGCAACCUCACGAGCCGCUUCCUUCGCCCUUUUCCCCUCCCCUCAAUGGCUUGAUGAUCACGGCCUACAACGCAGGCCACAGUCUGGGAGGAACGAUAUGGCACAUCCAGCAUGGUCUGGAAUCCAUCGUCUACGCAGUGGACUGGAACCAGGCGAGAGAAAAUGUGUACGCAGGAGCUGCUUGGCUAGGAGGUGCUGGAGGUGGCGGUGCGGAGGUCAUUGAGCAACUUCGGAAACCGACCGCUCUGGUGUGUAGCAGUCGCGGUGCAGAGAAGGUCGCUCAGGCGGGUGGUCGUGCCAAGCGCGACGAGCAGCUGGUUGACAUGAUCAGAUUGUGCGUCAGCAGGGGAGGCACUGCUCUUAUUCCGGUCGAUUCAAGCGCGCGUGUCCUCGAGAUUGCCUAUCUACUCGAGCACGCAUGGCAGAUGGACUCAGAGGCAGACGACAGCAGCUUAAAGGCCGCCAAGCUCUACCUUGCUGGACGGAACAUGUCUAGCACAUUACGAUACGCACGGAGCAUGCUGGAGUGGAUGGACGACAACAUCGUCAGGGAAUUCGAAUCAGUUGCCGACGGACAACGUAAAGCGAACGGCGCAGACGGAAAGACCAAGGAGGCCGUCCCCUUUGAUUUUAGGUAUCUCAAGCUGGUUGAGCGCCGGGCCCAGAUCGAGAAGCUGCUGUCCAAUAGCGGCGAAAACGUCCAGUCGGAAGGCAGAGUAAUUCUGGCGAGCGAUGACACGUUGGAAUGGGGUUUCUCGAAAGACCUUAUCCGCGGUCUCGCAAAGGACUCCAGGAACCUAGUGAUUUUGACGGAUAAGCCGCCGAGAUCUUGCGCGGAGCAGCCUUCAAUAGCGAGGACGCUGUGGGACUGGUGGACGGAAAGGCGAGAUGGUGUCGCGGUUGAGCAAUCGAGCAGCGGCGACAGCAUCGAGCUUGUAUACGGUGGUGGCCGGGAAUUGGACAUUCAGGAAGCCAAGCGACAGGCACUGGAGGGAGACGAACUCACCAUAUACCAGCAAUGGCUGGCUACGCAACGUCAAUUACAGGCGACACUGCAAAGCGGCGGCGGAGCCUCUUUACAAGCACCAGCCGAUGCAGCCGACGACGUUUCAUCAGAGUCAUCAUCCGACUCGGGCGAAUCCGACAACGAACAACAAGGAAAAGCCCUCAAUAUCUCGGCAACAAUGGGCCAGGCCACGCGCAAGAAGGUUGUCCUCACAGAUGAGGACCUGGGUAUCAACAUUCUCACCAAGAAGCGUGGCGCCUACGACUUUGAUGUGAGAGGCAAAAAGGGCCGUGAACGGUCCUUCCCCUUGGUCAUGCGGCGGCGGCGUGACGAUCAGUUUGGAGAUAUCAUCCGGCCUGAGGACUACCUCAGAGCGGAAGAAAAGGAAGAUGAUGCACCAGAUACCAACGUACACGGAGACGACGACGACAACCGGCUGGGAAAGAAGCGCAAGUGGGACGACGGCAGCUCCAAGGGUGCCAACAAACGUCAGAACGCAAACGCCUCAGGAGACGACCAGGACGGUACAGCGGCAGAGGACCCUAUCCUUGACGAGCUCGACGAUGUGGAGGAUACCCUCGAAGAGGAGAUUCAGGGCCCCUCCAAGCUAAUCGUUUCAACGGACAAAGUCAUGGUCAACCUGCGCAUUGGCUACGUCGACUUCAGCGGACUCCACGACAAGAGGAGUUUGAACAUGCUGAUACCCCUGAUUCAGCCUAGAAAGCUGAUCCUAGUCGGCGGCACUCAGGAGGAAACGACUACCCUCGCGGCAGACUGCAAAAAGUUGCUCGCGGCACAGAUCGGAACUUCGGAAGAAAGCGCUCUCGACGUCUAUACCCCGUCGAUGGGCACCUGGGUGGAUGCUAGCGUCGACACGAACGCCUGGGUGGUUAAACUCACAGACAACCUAGUCAAGAAGCUCAAGUGGCAAAACGUACGCGGUCUCAGCAUCGUGACAAUUACCGGCCAGCUUGUGGCGGAGGCUCUGGCCAAGGACAAGAUCACAGAGAAGGACGACGGUGCCAACAAGCGGCAGAAGACGGAGGCGGAGACAGAAGAUGGCGAGGGUGUCAAGGAGGAAGACAAGGAGGAGAAGAAAGAAGAGGACGCCGAGGUCGAAAUCAUCCCGGCUCUAGACCUGCUGCCAACCAACAUGGCGUCGGCGGUGCGAUCGGUGGCCCAGCCGCUGCACGUUGGCGACUUGAGGCUCACGGACCUGAGGCGGGCGAUGCAGUCGGCGGGAUACACGGCCGAGUUCCGGGGCGAGGGUACGCUCGUCAUCAACGGCGCCGUGGCGGUCAGGAAGACGAACACGGGCAAGGUGGAAGUGGAAAGCGUGGGCAUCGCGGACGCGGCGACGAUGAUGCAACACCGGAGCACCUUUUACGAGGUCAAGAGGAUGAUUUACGACGGGCUUGCCGUGGUCGCGGGAGCUUGA